GAGUCACCGGCGUUGUUGACGUCACUCGAGCUCUGAAAAUGGCUGAGUCGGAAGAGGAGGUGGAUGUCUUGGUCCAGAGAGUUGUGAAAGAUAUCAAUAACGCUUUUAAAAGAAACCCGAACAUUGAUGAAAUCGGCCUGAUUCCGUGCCCCGAAGCCCGGUACAACAGAAGCCCCAUCGUCCUGGUGGAGAAUAAGCUGGGAGUGGAGAGCUGGUGUGUCAAGUUUCUGCUGCCCUAUGUGCAUAAUAAACUCCUGCUGUACAGGCAGAGAAAGCAGUGGCUCGAUCGGGAAGACCGGCGUUGCAGAAAAAGUGACUUCUCUCUCUUCUUAUCUUCAAGCACUGGUAGAUAUAACCUGCACAUUGCUUCUCUUAAACCCAGAUUUCACCACUGCGUGGAAUGUCAGGAAAGAGCUCCUGCAGUGUGGCGUGUUAAACCCAGAGAAAGACCUUUACCUGGUUAAACUAGCACUAUCUAAGCAUCCUAAAAGCCCAGAGACAUGGAUACACAGGCGCUGGGUGUUGCAGUGGCUGCAGAAAGAGGGCUCUCCCUCUGAACAAGAACAGAAGGAUCAUACUGAACCCAGAGAAGAUGCUGUGAGGAGACCGUGUGAGAGGCUGCAGAGAGCCUUGCAGGAGGAAAUGAGGCUCUGUGCAGACGCGGCCGGUCGUUACCCCAGCAACUAUAAUGCCUGGUCCCAUCGCAUCUGGGUAUUGCAAAACAUGGCUAAAGGAAAUGUAAAGGUUCUGCAUGAUGAGCUGUCCUCCACCCGACUGUGGGUGUCCAUGCACGUGUCCGAUCACAGCGGCUUCCACUACCGUCAACACCUGCUCAAGGCCCUGGCCAGGGAGCUGAGCCAGCUCGGAGAGACGGAGCUGCACCCCACCCAGCAGCCCAACGGAGAGAGCACAGCGGGUGCGUCUGAUGACAAUCACCAUAAUGACGUCAUCCCUCAGCUCUUCCACGAGGAGAUGGAGCUCUGCACUGAUCUCAUCGAGUCCUAUCCGGGCCACGAGACGCUGUGGUGCCACAGGCGACACGUCUUCUACCUGUGGCAGCAGUGGCGGAGGGAGCACCUGCAGGGGGCAGAGUCACAAUCUCCACCUCUCACCCACACCGAUGUCCUCCUCAGCAAGGAGCCCUGUGAUGACAGCAGCGCCUCCCAGACCAUGGAUGUUGACUGUGUUCUUGAUGGGAGCAAACACGGAAGCUACACGCAGGACACCAAACGACUAAAGCGGGGACCACUGCUUCCCCACCCCGCACUUCCCUCCGAGCACAUGUUUGUCUCUAGAAUCCUCACGGGCUGCCGGAGCACCGAGCAAAACCGCUUUGCCAUUGCCUACAGGAAGUGGCUGGACUCAGUUCUAGGUCAGUAGAGUGAGAAAUGCUCCGCCCACCAUGAUGUGGGAGAACUGUGAUAGGUUAACUUAUUUCUGGCUCCAACUGCCCACACCCGGUUCUCUGAAAACCGCUGGACUUGGCCGGUUUGUCAGAGCUACUCUGCCAGAGCAAAUUCCCGCUCCUGAUGAAAACCCAUGGCCUGUCUCGGCAGUCUAAGCCUGGUCUGUUUCAGCUGUUUAGUUCAGGUACUGGAUAUCUCAGGUCUGUUUUCAGUGUGCAAUCCUCUUUCCUCUAUCAAAACUUUUUUUUUUUUUUUAUAGUUUUGUUUUUAUGUUGUCUUCCACCACAAAUCAAUUACAGUAUGCACUCAUCAUGUUGUCUGCAGUUUUACUAUUCCUGCCGGGAAUCUUAAAUGCACACUAUGGUGCACACUUGAAGGGAACACUGAGAGCCCAAAGUGAUUCUGACCCAGUUUCCCUCUUUUGUUUAAUUGAGGGUAGACUGGCACUUGAAUCCAGUCUACUGCUCCUCUUUGAACUUUUAUACAGAAGCGUGAAUAUUUUUCAAUGAUUACCUAGACGUUUUGGUACAAUCAGUAAUGUGAGCACAAUCAUUUUAAAGAUUCCUGGAGCCAUUUGAUAUGAAAUAUUAGGGCUAAAAACAGACAUUUUCAUAAGUUUUAAUAAUCUUAAAUCAAUAAAAACAGUCACAACAGACAGAAUUUCUAUGCGCUGUCCUCAUUCAGGUGAGUAUUUGUGUUAUAUGACAUAUCUGUUGCAGGGUCAGCAUGUCUUCAGUUAAUGCAGAUGAUUUUUGGGGGUUUGAGAAUAAAUGUUCCUGAAGCACAUCAUCAAGGCCACAUUGUCACAUGGACUAGCCUCAGCAUUUAAGCACAAGUUUUGGGUUAUAGCUCAUCCAGGUGGUCUCUCAGAUUCAUGGGUUUUCAUGAUGAAAGGGAAUAGCAGAAGAAGGAAUAAGAGUUUUCUCAGCUUGGCCCAAAUGUGGCUGCAGACAUAAGAUGCUGCCACAUUCAAGCCCAUCUCGUGCAGAAUGGUGCUUAUUCUCUGCACUGGGGGAGUGUGGACCCCUGAGGGGCCUAGGUUCACAAAUGCUGCUUUUUGUUUAACACUAUUUUGAACUUAAUAUAUUUAUGCAAAUAUAAAAAGUGAAAUGUUGUUGGCUUCACUUAUGUGAUGAUUUAUUAAAGCUAAAAAGCUUUUAGACCGUUAUGGUUGACUCACUGUUACUCCGUAAUUAUUAAACUUGUAAUAAACUUUGAAGUUUCGCAGGCUCAGUCUUGCAUUGACAACUUAAUUCUUUCAAAGCUUACUUGGAGUAGGUUGUGAAAAUCUGAUUAGAUAUUAUUAUAUCUCUCUCUUUGGAUUAGUACAUAUGCAAAACUAUUCUUGUUAGGUGAAAUCAUUUUAACAUGUCUUUCAACAUAUCUGUAAGACUUGCAGAGUUCGAUCUUAAGUUUCACAUCAUGAGAGGUAUUACUGUUCUGUUUUUUUUUUUUCUGUUUUUUUUUUUUUUUUUGCACAUUUGCACAAGAACUAGAUUUAUGAAAGUAGUUGAGUUACAUAACUUCUAGACUGACUCUCAGACUUUAUAAAGGGCCAUGUCAGAGUGCUUUUGUCUGUUCCUGUAUGUCUUGGAACAUAUAUGUGUGUAUAGAUAACAGCUUUUUCUAACCUCCCUUACACCUGCUGUUAAACAAACUGCUCCUAAUAGAGUCCUGUACUGAAGAAUAGUCUAAAACUGGAAUGCAUCUGCAACAAAUGCCUUUAUAUUUUGUCACUUUGACCUGAAUAGUUAUCUUUUUGCAUGUACAUUGUGUAUUGGGAUCAAGGCCACAUUGUCAUUGUAUUUGAUUAUUUUUUAUUAUAUAAAUAUAUAUAUAUAUAUA